CCACUUUAAUAGUAGCAAGUGUUUUGCAGUUCAACAUGAACUCAAUAAGUAGGCCUACAUUUGACCUAACAUUUAUAUUUAUUUAUUUACAUUUACAAUUAUUAUUAUUAUUAACAUGUAUGCGGCUUAUUUUACACCUUAUUUUUCCUCGCGUGUAUUUUGUCAUCCUUAUUCCGCCAAGUCCCGCCCCCUCUAUCUCCAGCCUUCUGCUUCUACCAAUCCAUGAAGUAGGAGCGACGUACAAGCAGUCUGUGAUUGGACAGUUGAGCAGUCGUUCAUGGAGCCGUAGCAACCAUGAUCAGGAAACAAGUGAGUUUGUUUUCUCUGAUGUGAACUCGCUCCCAUGGACAUACUGCUGGCGCCACAGGCUACUAGAGGUACUGGAUAACUCGCUAAUUGCAUGGUCCCAAACUCCUGUAGUUACUAGUUUCCAAGGCACACACAGCAGGUAUCUUCUUGUCUCCAAACCCCAUCCCCUGCUCUUACAAAGGAGUGUUGCCAUGGUGGAUGUGAGUAAGUGGCCUCUCUUCACCCUCUUGAGUGCACAGGAGCUCGCCUCCAUACGACAUGCAUGCAUCUUCGGAACAUCUGCGAAUGAGGCUAUCUUUAUCACCCACGAUGACGAAGUGUACGUGUUGGGUUUGAACUGCAGUAAUUGCCUGGGCACUGGAGACAGUCAGAGCACAAUUGUUCCUAAAAAGCUGGACUGUCUGACUGGGAAGAAGCUGGUUAGUUUGAGCUAUGGCAGUGGCCCUCAUGUUCUGCUCGCUACAGAAGAGGGGGAGUUGUAUGUAUGGGGGCAUAAUGGAUACAGUCAGUUGGGCAAUGGGACGACCAAUCAAGGUGUGUCUCCUGUUUUGUUGUCUACUAACCUGCAGAACAAGAGAGUGACUGAAGUUGCCUGUGGUUCUCACCACUCUUUGGCUCUAACCCUUGAGGGUGAGGUGUUUGCGUGGGGCUACAACAACUGUGGUCAGGUGGGUUCAGGGUCCACCGCCAACCAGCCCACACCCCGCAAGGUGUCCAACUGUCUGCAGAGCAAAGUGAUGGUCAGUAUAGCCUGUGGACAGACUUCAUCCAUGGCUGUGGCGGAUAAUGGCGAGGUUUAUGGCUGGGGUUACAAUGGUAACGGCCAGCUAGGGUUAGGCAACAAUGGGAACCAGCUGACACCGUGCCGUUUGAUUGCGCUACAAGGCUUCUGUGUGGUGCAGAUUGCAUCAGGUUACGCUCAUUCUCUAGCACUGACCGAUGAGGGCCUACUGUAUGCAUGGGGGGCCAACACUUACGGCCAGCUGGGCACCGGCAACAAGAGCAACCAGCUCAGCCCUGUACAGGUCAUGACUGAGAAAGAAAGGAUUGUGGAGAUCGCCGCCUGUCACUCCACACACACCUCUGCAGCAAAGACCCAGAGCGGUCAGGUGUUCAUGUGGGGGCAGUGCCGCGGACAGCCCAUCGUGCUGCCACACCUCACGCACUUAGCCAGCACAGACGAUGUCUUCACCUGCUUCGCCACGCCGUCUGUGAUGUGGCGGAUGCUUUCCAUGGAGCAUGAUGACUUCCUGACCGUGGCCCAGUCCCUUCAAAAAGAGUUUGACAACCCUGAGACCUCUGACCUCAAAUUUAGCAUCGACGGGAAGUACAUCCAUGUCCAUAAAGCUGUUCUCAAAAUCAGGUGUGAGCACUUCAGAUCAAUGUUUCAGUCACACUGGAAUGAGGAUAUGAAGGAAGUGAUUGAGAUUGACCAGUUCUCGUACCCGGUGUACCGCUCUUUCCUGGAGUUCCUCUACACCGACAGUGUGGAUCUUCCUCCUGAGGAUGCCAUUGGGUUACUGGAUCUGGCAACCUCAUACUGUGAAAACAGGCUGAAGAAGUUGUGCCAGCAUAUCAUAAAGAGAGGAAUCACGGUGGAGAACGGGUUCUCUCUGCUGUCUGCUGCCAUCAGAUAUGAUGCUGAGGAUCUAGAGGAGUUCUGUUUUAAAUUCUGUGUGAACCACUUGACUGAGGUCACGCAGACAGCUGCAUUCUGGCAGAUCGACGGCAACAUGCUGAAGGAGUUUAUCUCCAGAGCCGGCCACUGUGGAGCCUUCAAAAACUGACUCCGAUAGCCACCAGAUACACGUACGCUCAGUGUGUUAGUCAAGGAACCCAUCAGUCCUCCUCACAGCUAGUGGGCGCUGUGACACCAGACAGUCAUUAACGCACAGCGCCCCCUGUUGUGCAGGAGUGGAACUUUCAUAAUGGAUAAGAUUCAUGUAGAAGGGUCAAUGUCUGUGUUAGUCUCAUCUACAACCAUUUCGUACUCAUCUGUUACCGAAGAUAUUCAGCCAGACGGGACAUUCCCAUUUAUGUUUUACACAACUUUUUGGAAAAGACAUUGCCUAGUGCUAAUGAUAAUUUCUAGUGCUGCAGAUGGGAAGGGUGUUUGCACACUAUAAUAAAAUGGGAGUGGGUUUGGGCUAAACAGAGGCAUCAUUUAAUUGUAUUACUUAAACAUGCACCACUAAAAAGUUGACAAAGAAACUAGUUCAUUGUUUUUGUUUGUCCCUUAUAGGUUUUUGCACAGGUAAUAUUGAAUAGAGGUCACUAAUCAGAUUUCUUUCUUGCAGUGAUGCAGUGCAUUACAAGUUGCUCGUUGUUAUUGUAUUCUAUUGGCUGGGCUGUAAAUGUGCAUUAUAUCAGAUACAGUCAGCAGACCUUAUUGACGUGGCCCCUUAUGUUGUUGACUCAUUUUUGUCUUAAUGUUAUUGACCAAAAUAAUUUCUGCUAUGUGAUGUUUUUGUUUUGGCUUGAUUUGAGUCUUAAAACGUAGGCAUUUUUUCCAUUCAGAUUAGGAAGACCACUGUCUGCUAUCGCUUAGUUCAGUAUGUGCUGCCACUGUGAAUUACUAAAGCAGCAUGUACAACAAUGACUGUUGCACUUGACCAGUCUGAUGUUUAAGUUUGCUCAAAUAUAAAGAGUAUUAUUCAUAGUUGCACUAGUAGUUUCCUGUACAGGAGCUGCUCAUGUAAGAUCACUAGAGGCUGUAUAUGAAUCUUUACAGUUGCACCUUUUUAAAGGUGUGAAACACUUCAUAAUGCUAAUGCCUAUGGUAAGAUGUUUUUUGUUACAUAUUAACCAACUGUAUUUGUUUUUCACAUGUAUAUACUGUACAGUUUUUGCAUUAGUUUUGUAAAUUAAUCUGUGCACAUUAUGUGUGCCACAGUUUCUCUUGUAAGUUAUAAAACCUGAUACUAUAAAGAUAAAU